CAGAAGGUAACUUUCUCAGUCGGUGGAGCCCUGCAGGCUUAUGCAAAGGCAUCUCAUUGGUCUGUAGAGUUGUGGUUUCUGUUUCUAUUCCAGCGCCGAAACUUUCGUUUCUCUGGCUUGGAGUCGAAAAUACCUUGAAGUUCUGGAUUGGUGAGUUGAUUCUCCCUGGUUUACAACUUUCUGGCGUCUGAUAACGGGCUGAGCAAUUUUAGGGGGAAGACUUUUGAAGACUUUGAAAAGAGAACAUUGAUUUUGUUUGGGCACCUGAGCAGAAGUGCGAGGAGUCAGGACAGUCAGACACAGGAUCACAGCAACUAUGGCUUCACAAUUCAUAAUGAAUAUAAAGGAGGAGGUGACCUGUCCUAUCUGUCUGGACCUGAUGGUGGAACCCGUGAGUGCAGAUUGUGGUCACAGCUUCUGCCAAGCCUGCAUCACACUGAACUAUGAAUCCAUCCAAUGCAAUAAGGAAGAGUUCAUUUGCCCUGUGUGCCGAGUUAGUUACCUGUUUAGGAAUCUGAGGCCUAAUCGAUAUGUGGCCAACAUAGUAGAGAGGCUCAAAGAGGUCAAGCCUAACCCAGAAGAGGAGCAGAAGGAGUUUAAGUGUGCAAGGCAUGGAGAGAAACUCCAGCUCUUCUGUAAGAAGGACAUGAUGGCCAUUUGCUGGCUUUGUGAGCGAUCUCAGGAGCACCGUGGUCACAAAACAGUUCUCGUUGAAGAGGUGGCCCAGGAGUACAAGGAGCAGCUGCAGGUAGUUCUGCAAAAGCUGAUGGCAGAUAAGAAAGAAUUUGAGAACUGGAAAGAUGACCUUCAGAAGGAAAGAACUUACUGGGAGAAUCAAAUACAGAAAGAUGUGGAAAAUGUUCAGUCAGAGUUUAAACGAAUGAGGGAUAUCAUGGACUCUGAGGAGAAGAAUGAAUUGCAGAAGCUGAUGCAAGAGAAGGAAAACAUUAUCAACAACCUGGCAGAAUCUGAAAAUCAGCAUGCUCAGCAGAGCAAGUUGCUAGGAGACUUCAUCUCAGAUGUGCAACAUCAGUUACAGUGCUCAGACAUAGAAAUGCUGCAGGGUGUGGAGAACAUCAUAAAACGGAGUCAUACUUUUUUGAUGAAGAAGCCCAAAACCAUCCCCAGGGAACAAAGAAGAGUGUUCCGAGCCCCGAAUCUGCAAGGCAUGCUGCAAGUGCUUCAAGAGGUCACAGAGGCCCAACGCUACUGGGUUCAAGUGACGCUGGUUCAAAACAACAAUCCAAACAUUGCCAUUACUGCCGACAAAAGACAAAUACGAUAUGAAGACCAUCAAGCAAGAAAUCUUGAACAUGGGUGUGAAAACUCUCAUGAAGGUGUCCUGGGACACCCAGCUAUCCAAUCAGGAAAACAUUACUGGGAAGUAGAUGUGUCUGGAAAAGGUGCUUGGGUUCUGGGGUUAAGUGAUGGAAGCUACCUCUUCAAUCCAAUAUUUCGUUCAAAUGCUGAAAGAGACCAUUUAUUUCGUAGGGGGAUUAGGAAUGAUUCACAUUAUCAACCAAAAUAUGGCUUCUGGGUUAUAGGGCUUUGGGGAAAGUCAGUGUAUAGUGCUUUUGAGGAGUGUCCUUUCACAGACAAGCCCAGGGUCUUGACCCUGUCUCUGAUGGUCCCGCCCUGUCGUAUUGGUGUUUUCCUUGACUAUGCAGCUGGUACUCUUUCGUUUUACAAUAUUUCCAACAAUGGAACUCUUAUCUACAGAUUCUGUACAGCUUCCUUUCCUGAUAGAGUUUUUCCAUAUUUUAAUCCCACGGGAAGUUCAGAGCCAAUGACAAUAUGCUGGCCAGACUCUUAACAUUUGCCUGUUUAUGUGCAGGGUCUCUGGCUCUGAUAUGUAUGUCAUAUGCCUGAGUUCAUCAGUACCAUUUUUUCUCUGUCUCUCUCUCUGUCUCUCUCUCUGUCUCUCUCUCUGUCUCUCUCUCUCUCUGUCUCUCUCUCUGUCUCUCUCUCUCUCUCUGUCUCUCCUGUCUCAAGUCUUUCUGUGUGAAUGUCUUUCAUUGGUAAACAGGAUAUAUUCAUUUCUCUGGGUCAGAUUCUUCUUAGCUUCUUUCAGUUUUGUUUUGUUGGUGGUGGGUUUUUUUUUUUUUUUUUGGUUUUUUUGUUUGUUUGUUUGUUUUAGGUGAAAAUAGUAAAUCACUUCCCAUUUAGUCAAGGACAAAUGCCUGAGUGCUCACUAUGUAAGAUAACACUGCUGCAAAGUUCUUCUCUUAUUCUUCACGCCAGAGAUGGAAGCCAAAGCCUUGUGCAUGGUGAGGAGGUGCUCCACCACUGAGCCCCUUACCUCAGCUCUGUCAGGUCGCGAUAACUUCAUCCUGCUCAUCAAGGAAAGAUUAAAGAAAGUUCUUCGACAACUUGUCUAUUCAUUCUGAAAAUUAUAUGUAGGGAUCUGUGGUUAAGAAAUGUACCCUUAGCUGUAAGCCAGUUUUACCAGGAUGCAUCUUCAUCAAAAAUUGAAGAAGCAUCACAAUGAGGCACACUGUGUUCUCACUCAGGCAUCAUGUGUGCCCAAAGUAGAAUGAUCAGGGAAUGUUAAUAUGGCCCCUGCUCAUGUGUGACGUGAAUUUAUGAAGCAUUCCAUAUUUUGAAAGAGCAUUGAUAGUCUAAAUCAUGUUAGAGAGGAGGGAGGGGGAAUGAAAAAAAGAAAGAAAGUAGGCACUGUGUCCAGUGUAUCUGAGCUCCAGUCAUGGUUCCAAAUGUGUCAGCAGUGCAGCAUGACUAGCACACUUAACGGAUGUGCUUAUUUUCGUACUCCGCCUCAAGCCAGUAUGAGAAAUGCACCAGUGGGGAAUAGUGCUUGUCAACAAGCCUGGGCACUUGAGUUCAAUUCCCUGCACGUAACUUCCACACGUAUGUUGCAGCAUGUAGAGGCCCAGACAUGUACACAAACACAAAAUGUACAAAUAUAAUUUUUUUCAUGAAAAGAAACUCGGUAAGGAUAGAGCAUCCAGUGAAUUAUAUCAGCGUUUAUUCUGUUAAUUACUGUGAGAUACAUGCUGUGUUAUAGUGUCCCAUGAAACCAUGGGAAAAAAAAAACAAGGGUUAGCUUUCCUGAAGUCUUAUUACUAGACCCUAGAUAACUAUUUUAAUGACCUGACAAUUCCAGCAUUUUUAUGGAGGUGUGUGUGUAUUCUUAGUGAUCACUUACUUUAGUCACAAUAAGGACCCCAAAUGAAUAUGAAUAAGGUGAUUCAUAUUAUUUUUAGUAAUAAUGGCAAUAGUACAUUUAUCUUUUGGUGUAUUGUAAAACAUAAAUAAAAGUUAUUACUAAGGAUUUACAUUGUUUCAGGCAUGUGACUGGCAGUCCAGUAUGGUGUCUUAUUUAUUUGGGAGACCUUAUCACUGUGACUAAAUUAAAUGAUCAUUAAGAUCGUGCAUCAGAACCUUGCAUGGGAGCUCAUACCUGCCAUCCUGCAUCUGGGAAGUUGUGGUAGGAAGAUUGCUCUGUAUUUGAAACCACCCUUAUAUACAGAGUAAGAUGCUGUUUAACAUAAUAAAGAAUAUAUAUUGGUUUACUUCAAAACUACUGCAUUAUGUUUUAAGAAAUGGAAUGACUAGAUUGCAGAACUGCCGGUUUUUGGUUGUUUUCACAAUGUGUAAAUGCUUUUGUUUACUAAAAAUAAAUGCUCUUAACUUCAUAGCUGUCCA